AUGAGCAUUGCUAAAGAAAAGUAUCAAGCACACAACGCGGGGCACACUGUAAUAGCUUACGCGGAAAGUACAAAAAAUAUAAUAACUGGCGGCAAUGACGGUGUCAUUCGUGUUUUUCCUCCCUGUGAAAAAGGACUCAUAUUAACUCCAAAAAGCAUAGAAUCAUAUCAAACUGGAACACGCUGGAUUGCAGUCAAUAAAGGAAAAUUUGCCGUUGCGUCCGAAGACAAUAGCGUCUGUCUCUACAAUAUCAAGGAGAAAAAAUUUGAAAAUAUUUUGUAUCGAUGUACGUUGCCGGCACGAUGUGUCGAUUUCACCGCGGAUGGAUCGAAAAUAGCGAUAGCGUCAGAGUAUGAAGAAUUCGGAAUUAUAAAAGUUGAGAUGCCAAUUCACAUUGUUAAUAUGCUUAAUCCAAAAGAAGUCUACCAUCUAAAGGAAAAUACGGAUAGUGUAAAGGCGGCUUCUACUGGCUGUGACGGCUCUAUAAGAAUUUGGGACCUGCGACAUGGCGAAGCACGUCAUUUUCAAAAUAUAUUUGGGCAAAUUCCAAUUGCAGAACCAGAUGAAAGACAAUUUCCUAUUGCCUGGCAUCCUUCGUCAAAAUUUUUUGUAUUGCCGGGAUGGCUAAACGAAAUCGUUAAAGUGACUAAAGCCGACGGAAAAUGGAAGUAUGAGACCAUAUUUAAAGAUGCCCAUACAAAGGCUAUAUGUGUACUGCAGUGGUCACAUAAUGGCAAAUAUCUUGCAACGGCGGGCUUGGACUCGCAAUUAAAUGUUUGGGAAGUUAAAUCUCAACAACCUUCAUGGAGAUAUCGGACUGAAACUCCUGUUACUAGCUUAGUCUGGAUUUCCAACAAAACUAUAGCAUACGCCGAUGGAAUGGGCGUUCUUCGAGUUUGGAAUCCUUUUGGAGAUGAAUUAUCUGAGCAUGAAAGCGAACAAGAAGAAACAACUCUGAUAGAGGAUGAAUCAAAAGAAGUGUCUGAUGAUGAUGCUUCUGAUGAAGAGGAAAUAAAAAAGAAGUUUAAAAAGACAAAAAUUGACUAUGAUGAGGAUAACAAAAUGAUUGAAGACGAAUAUUUUCUUGAUGACUUUGUAGUUGGUGAUGAUGAAGAGGGCACUUCUACUAAGCUUGAUAAGUCAUUAAAUGAGAAACCACAAGUCAAUGUAAUCAGUUUUGAUAUGCCUAAGCCAUUUCAUCCAGGCGCUACACCAUUCAGAAACAAGCAACGUUACUUGGGAUGUAAUCUCUACGGAUUCGUAUCAUCCUUGGAUAGUGACACUCAUUCUACCGUGUUAGUUUCCUUUGUUGACCAGACAGUCAACCGAACAUAUCAUUUCCAAGAUAUUUACAGCUUUUCCAUGUCUUGUAUUGGUCUACAUGGAGUACUACACGCAGCGAAAUCCAGUGAAGGGAACAACCCAGUGAUUUCUUACAAGUAUAUAGGCAGUGUCGCGGAUAAAUGUGAAUGGCACAUGGACUUGCCGUUGGACGAGGAUAUCAUAGGCAUUGCUCUUAGUGCGAAGGGACCGAUUGUCGCCACUGAAGCGGGAUUCGUACGAUUUUUUGACAAUACCGGUAUUCAAACUGAAAUAUUUCAUCUAAAGUCUAUCGUUUGCAUGGCUGCACAAGGGGACUUUGCCAUUUUUGUUAAUGGUGUCGAAGGCAACUUGUACAACGUUACAACGCGAAGUUUCAUCAUUCAGACAGGGCGAUUACCUAUUGACUCAAAAUCUCGGCUCACAUGGGUAGGAUUCGCGCAAGAGGGGUACCCGGUGAUAUACAAUUCUGAAGGAUUGCUCAGUAUACUUUACAUGGUUCGCACUCCGAACCAAUGUCGAUGGGUGCCAGUCCUAAAUACUAAACAGCUGCCGCAAUCCCGAGCUAACCUUAUUACAUAUUGGCCUGUUGGUCUUAGUGGAAACAGUUUUCGAUGUGUCAUUUGUAAGAAAGGAGAAAAGUACCCCCCGUAUCCGCUACCGUCUGUGGAUGAAGUAAUUCUUCAGAUUCCGAUUUUGCACCUUGAAAAGACAAAUUGCCAGUUAGAGGAAAAGUGUGUUUCCUGGAUUAUUAUUACCAAAAUUAUGAGAACAAGAAUACGGACCGACUUUGAAUACCAAGAAGCUGAAGCAAAUGGUGAACUUGACUCGAGAAAAGAAGAAUUCCGUAAGAAAACUCUCGAAAAUGAUAAACAAGUACUUCAAUUAGUACUGACUGCACUUAAAGAAAAUAAACUAGAGCGAGCAUUUAGUUUAACUACAAUGCUUGGUUCCGAUAAAGGUAUUGAUGGGGCUAUUAUGAUUGCCGAACAACGUAAUCUCUUAGCACUGGCAGAUCGAAUUAGGUUGUUCAAGGAUACGAAGAAGCAACAAGAACAGAAUCAAGCUAAUAAUGUUCCGCAGCAAGUAUACAGUGCUAUUUCUACCACGAUUCGAGAAAAUUUUCAAGAGACCACCAAGCCUUGUAAUCUCAAUCAUAAUUCAAUUAGUAAUGGUAGCAGUACGUACAAGUCCAGCCUAAAGAGAACUCACCACGAUUCAUCCGAACCUGAAGAAGCACCAAAAAUCCCUCCUAAACAUGAAACAUCAUCGUCAUCACCAUCGAUUUUUAAAAAGAAAUUUUCAGAAAAGAAAGCAAAAAUUGCAAAAGAGAAUCCCAUUGCAAAAAUGGCACACAUGGAUCCCGAGAAGAUGAAAAAUCUAUUUCCGCCAUCUAAAUCUAAAGAGAAUCCUCAGAAAUCAUCACUUACUUCUAUCGCUGAGGAUGAUAAAAUACCCAAAAAUAAAAAACAAUCGACACUUUUCGGGUACAAUGGAAAAAAAGAAGAUAAGGACGCAAAAGACGCUGACAAUAACAACCAGUCAAAAAUUACAAAUCAACACGAUAAUGAGAAAGAUAAUGACAACAGUGAUGUUUACGAUGACACUCAAAUGGAUAUCGACCAUCAGAAUUCAGAGGAAAAAUCUAAAUCUCCGGAAGAUACUAAUAAUCAUGAUGAUGAUAAAGCUUUAAUGGUUUGCGUGAAUCCAAAUAAUAAUACGGACAAAGACACAACAACAAAUUCCGGCUCUGGGUCAUCUUCAAUUGACCCCAAUAAUAUGAAAUCAUCACAGCUGGAUAUGUUCAAAUUCCAUGGAAAAUAA